UCGGGUUAAGGGAAAUCGAAUAACGUCUUAUCUGUUAUAGUACAAAGUCUAUAUGCGAAGCAGUACCGAAACGGAAAGGCUUCUUACUAUUGCUUGAAAAUCAUGGCAGGUAGUUCACGAGGUAUAGUUGCUCUAUUUAAAUCGAUGGAUGAAAAUUCAUUAAACGACGACCGCUAUUUAACACUUUUGGAAGAGAAUAAUUUCACGGUAAGUUUGGUGCCUACUCUGUCCUUCGAGUACCGAACAGAAAAUCUGCGAGAACGUCUACAACAACCACAUAAAUAUUCAGGAAUUAUAUUCACAAGUCCUAGAUCUGCAGAAUCCGUUAGCCAGGCAAUGGCCGACUUGCCUUGUGCUUGGAAGGAAAUGCGACAUUACUGUGUCGGCAUAAAAACCGGGGAAACAGCUAUCAACCUUCUUGGUCUGAAGAAUUUGGUUGGACAAACUUGUGGGAAUGCCGUUAAUCUCAGUUCAUUAAUAGUAGAAGAUUUUCAGAAGGGUUGCAUUCCACUUCCGCUGCUAUUCCCUUGUAGUAGCUUGAAGUUGGAUACGCUUCCGCGGACACUUGCAGAACAUAAUGUCCCCUUUGACAUUGUAAACAGCUAUAUGACAGUGCCACAUCCUCAACUACGAGAUUUUGUCAUGCAACUUUGUCAAAAGAAACCUGACUAUCUAGUUUUCUUCAGCCCAUCCGGUGUAAGUUUUAGUUUACCGCACCUGAAAGAAUGUGGAUUGAUUGCUAAUGCCAAAAACAUAAGUAUUGGAAAUACGACAGCCCAUGCACUGGAAGAGGCCAAAGUCGGGGUUAGCCGAAUUUGUAACAAACCGACCCCAGAAGAUUUGAUUAUAGCAUUAAAUUCCUUGCAAAUAAAAUAGUUUGUUCUUACUUGAAUUGGACGAAAUACUCUGAUG